AUGCUCAUGAAGAAGAUGUGGAUAGUGGAGGAGCGGAAGGACAAGACUGUAUACCGUCGCCGCUGUCCGACCGGCGGAGAAGUUCUUUCCUUCUUCUUCGUCUCGGCUUGCGCCCUGCUCUUCCUCAUCAUCUGCACCAUUCUCUAUGGCACGCGCACACAGAACCCGUCCUUGCCCCCGCUGGUCAAAGAGUACAUGCCCGCAGGCCGCUGUUUGUGCGAGUUCAGUACGACUUUCUCCUGCGACACUUGUCUCGAUUGCGCUGCAAAUCAGGCUAUUCUCACGACUAAUGCGACCGAGUUGGAGGAACAUGGACUGUGGACUUUUACGUAUCCAAGGGAUAAGAACAAUUAUGGGCUUGAUGAAGCGCAGUGCGAUAGCGCUUUUCCGGGGCAAUAUGAGGAUAUUGAGCGUGCGGUUAAGGUGCGGAGUCGCUGGGGUAAGGUGACGCAGGCGGAUCUCAAUAGCUUCGAGCUUACAAAGGGGAUGGUGAGGGCUAUGGUUUAUGAUAGAGAGCUCUACAUCCUCGAGACUCACAUGGUCGAUAACGUCAACCGGCAAAAAGCCAUUGCGACUCUCAGCGCUAUAUACCGAGCCGUUCUCGCCGCCCCCUCAACCGCCGAUAUCCCAAACAUCGAAUUCGUCUUCUCCGUAGAGGACCUCCCUGCGCAACCCCACAAACCGAUAUGGUCCCUCACCCGCCGCGUCCAAGACCACAACCUCUGGUUAAUACCCGACUUUGGCUUCUGGAGCUGGGACAUGCCCGCGCUGGGCACACUGGACGAAGUUGCUCAAGAGGCGGUUCAAAGGGAAGCCGUCGAGUCGUGGGACCAAAAGAUCGAGAAGCUAGUCUGGAGAGGCAAAAUCACUUUCGCGCCUAAGCUGCGGAGAGCGCUCCUCGAUGCAGCAAAAGGCAAGCCAUGGAGCGACGUUGGCCAACUCAAGUGGACGGAUCCAAAUUUCAAAGAGCAGUUUCUCGGGCCGGUGGACCAGUGUAACUACAUGUUCAUUGCUCACGCUGAAGGUCGUUCCUACUCCGGCUCCCUCAAAUACCGCCAACUCUGCCGCUCAGUAAUCGUCUCACACAAACUCCAAUGGAUACAACACCACCACUACCUCUUCCGCUCCAACGGCUCCAACCAAAACUUCGUCGAAGUCGAACGCGACUUCUCGGAUCUAGCAUCUGCUAUGGAGGACCUGCUCGACCACCCUGAAAAGGCAAAGCGCAUAGCGGAUAACUCGGUGCAGGUAUUCAGGGAAAGAUAUCUGACGCAAGCGGCGGAAGCGUGUUAUUGGCGGAAGCUCAUGAAGAGGUGGAGGGAUGUUGUCGAUUGGGAACCGGUGCUGUUUGCUGGGAGUGGGGAGGAUGGGAUCGCGAAAGAGAGGAAUAGGGUGAGGAGGAGGGGGGUAAGGUAUGAGACGUUCAUGCUUUACGAACCCAAAAUCCAACUUUCGUACCCGGAAUCCGCGCAUUGA